GCUCCCAGUUCAGGCAAAACUUUUCAUUGCUCACGUAGGCAUUCACGGUGUCACUCCUGUUUAUUUUUGUAACCGUUUCAUUUACAGUCUUAUAAAUGCUCCCUUAAGCUUUGGUGGUGCUUGAAUAUUUAUUUUUGAAAACUCUGGUCAGGCUUGUGCACUCACGCCCAGAGCUCUGUGCCCCAGAGUGAUUAUCUGACUUCCUGGAGUUGCAUGUGGAUCCAUUUCCCAAUGAAUCCAGGGACAGCAGGGCUGGCUGUGUAUGGGCAAGCUGAAUCUUCUUUCACUGGAAAAAUACAUCAAAACCACAUUAUGAUGUUUCCCCGUGAGAGGCUUACAACGUUGGAUAUUUCAUCUUCAGCUGAGUAAAUGAGUAUGGAAGAUUAUGAUUUCCUGUUUAAAAUCGUUUUAAUCGGCAAUGCUGGUGUGGGGAAGACGUGCCUAGUCAGACGGUUCACUCAGGGUCUUUUCCCCCCAGGCCAAGGAGCCACAAUUGGAGUUGAUUUUAUGAUUAAGACAGUGGAGAUUAAUGGUGAAAAAGUAAAGCUUCAGAUCUGGGACACAGCAGGUCAAGAGAGAUUUCGGUCUAUCACCCAGAGUUAUUACCGAAGCGCCAAUGCCUUGAUCCUCACCUAUGACAUAACCUGUGAGGAAUCCUUCCGUUGCCUUCCUGAGUGGCUGCGGGAGAUAGAACAAUACGCUAGCAACAAGGUCAUCACUGUGCUAGUGGGCAACAAGAUUGAUCUCGCUGAAAGGAGAGAGGUCUCCCAGCAGAGAGCUGAAGAAUUCUCAGAAGCUCAGGACAUGUAUUAUCUGGAGACCUCAGCCAAGGAAUCCGAUAACGUGGAGAAACUCUUCCUUGACUUGGCGUGCCGCCUCAUCCGUGAAGCCAGGCAGAACACGCUUGUGAACAAUGUAUCCUCACCCUUACCUGGAGAAGGGAAAAGUAUCAGCUAUUUGACUUGUUGUAAUUUCAACUAAAGGCUGAGGCAAGGAGAAGCAAGAGGAAUCAGCAGCUGCCCUGAUGGGCCACCAAUUGCUGGGCAGAUCUGGCGAUGCCUGUGGCUCCCGCUCUGGGACCUUCUGACUCCUGUGGGCUCCUGAGCUUACAAAGCAUGACAGGCCAAGGGCCUGGUCCACAGGCCAGCAUUAGCAGAACAUAUAACGGUUUCACCCUUUUGCAGUCUGGAGUUGGAUCAAGGAGAAAAUUGCACUAGGCGCUCCAUGAUCUGCAGAGCAUGUUGCUUUUGUUUUUCUAAAAAAGCAAGUAAAACGCAUUCCUGAACACAGUCCAGGGGGAAAUGUACUGUAGGGAUCCCUCCUGCACGUCAGUGGGUGCAUGUGGGGGCUGCUCUUUAGGGCUUCUGGGGGCCCUGGUUUUCUUGUCUACCAGAUAAACCAAAACUGGGAAGGCCAAGUCCUGUCUCUGUGGUGCGUGUUGAUGACUCCAUGGAGAUUUUGAAAAGUGUUAUUUCUCUUUUCCACGGGCACUUUCAAGAACUUUGGGUUGUAAAAAUGAAAUGAAACCUUUACCCAUGACAACAGUAACAAUCAUUGUUUUAAUAACAUAUACAAGCUCCAUGACUCCUUUUGGUGCUAAUGAUUCCGCUUUCUUUCACAGACCAAACGUUUUAGUACGUUGAUGUCCUUAAAUGCAUUACAUAGAAAUAAAAACAAAACAAAACAAAAAAUGAAAAAGAAAAAAGGGAAGUCCAUGAAUCAGCUCUCUUUCUCAAAGUCUCUUUAUGACCUUUUACUAGGGUAGAUUUGUUGGAAAAGAGACUACAUUUCCUUUCCUGUUCCCCUGUAAAUCUCUACCACUUUCUUCUUCCAUUUUCUCCUCUUUCCACCCUUUAAGUAAAUUAAAAAGUUUGAAAAAUGAAAAAAAAAAAAAAGAGAGAGAAUGGUCGAUACCCUAAUAUAAAAGAUUAGCUCUAAGACAUUAUGAGUAGUAUAAGAAAACAGACUCCAUCUGACCAAAAUACUGUGGAUUAAUGGACUGCAGUGCAGAGUUCAAAGCAGAGCACAGUCCUUGAUAGCAGGUCACAUCUUUUACUUCCUGGUACUAUCCAUCUUGGACAGACCAAGGCUUAGGAUUUUGUAGAUGUUUUUAGUAUGGUAAGUGAGAAUAGCAACAGAUGAAAAGUCUCACGAACCAUUUUUGUAUCUGCAAUGAUAACUUUAGAAAAAUUCUGCUUGUAGAAGAAGAUUGAAGAGUCAUUUGUCAUCUCCUUGUAGUAAUGUUACUCUCUGACUCAUGACCAUUCAUUCUUUCAUGUUUAUUUUUCUUUUCUUCUCUUUCCUGGUCUCCCCCUUUUACCUCCUUUCCUCCCUAUCCCCCUCCUUUGCUCCCUUCCUUAUAUGCAUGUGUUAUUGCAAAUCUCCAAUUCAGAUUGAGGUAUAUAUGCCUUUACUUAGCCAAUUUGAAAACAAAUGGAAGCCGUGCUGCUGAAUAUGUGUUACUGUUUCUUCAGUGCCAUACUUUGAUACCUUCCAAUUGGUUCCCUGAUAUAAAUGCAAAUUGGGAAAAUGAUUAAACCUCUUUGGUGUUGAUGCUGUCAGAUAUUUCUGUAGCUUGCUGCUUAGUGUAACAGAGGGAUGAGUAAUGGGAUAAGGAUAUGACAUGUAAUUCCACUGUUGCUGUAGAUGGUUGGCAGUCUCGGUCCUGAUAUAUUGAUGUGUGAAAGCUAUUGAAUUUUAAAGCAGUGUCAUGUAGAGACGUGACAUUGGUGAAGCCUUUCUAGCAUUUCUCUAGCAGGUUUCAGAGAGACCCAUCACUUGCACAUGGGGACUGUACAUAUUGUUUAAGGGACUGACACCUACGGCUGGCCUCACCGUGGUUGUCCUGAUCUUGUGGAUAAGAGAAAGAGAUCGCAGAAGUUUGAGUCGCUUUUAUUUAGAAUCUAUCUCUGUAGGAAAGAAAAAUCAUUUUAAUAAACACCAACCAAAAUAAUUUAUCAUGGUUGCCUUUCCCUCCCCACUUCCCCCACCAAGCCAGCAAGUAAAGGUAUUCAGAAAAGCCGAUCAAGGUGGGCAGAAGAACUCUUUCUAAAUGGUGAGGAAAUGUCUCUAAGUUUAGGUUUACUAUCUUUCAUUUAGGGCAAAAAUCCAAAGUCCCCAGCAUAUCAUGACCCAACUUUGUCUCACAGCAGCAAGUGUGUUGAAAAAAAGUUGCUUUAUGAACUUAGAGAACAGAAUAUUGUUAGAUUGGACAAAUUCAGUUCUAAGAUAACAGGUUGUAGGACCACUCUUGCAUUCUAAGAUUAUUUCCUAGGGGUCUGUCUCCUUUACCCACUCCUAACUGAACUCAAAAGGGGGUUAGAAAGCUCUGCUCUUGGCCCCUUUCUUCCCCGUUAAUCCUCUCAGCCUUUCUGUACUUACAGUCACCCAUCUACAGCACAUCAGCAAGGACACAUGAGAAUGUAGGGCUUUGUUUCUUUUUUCCUCUUAGUUGUAUGAAUUCUAAAUUAGGCCUUAUGGAAACUUGUUCACUGUUGUAUCUCAAGUUUGAGAACAAGCCCUGAUAAUAUUGUAGGUGCUCAGUGAAUAUUAGUUGAGUAAACAACUUAGUGCCAAGAGGAGCUUUUCUGGUUAAACAGAAAUUUCUCAAAUAGAACUUGAGAAAGGACACUAAUUAAAUGUGGUCAUCUUAACCCAGGUCAGGACCUAAACUUAUUUGGUUUGCCUACUAGUUCUUAUUGUCAUGGCAAUAUUUGCUAAGACGAGCCUUCUUAAGUGAAAAUGAAUUCUCACUUAAUGGUGGGUGAAAAAGAGUUUUCUCAUAAUUCAGUUUGGCUUGAUCUAACUCGUAAGACUACCGGAGUCCAUGUUUGCCUCCAUUUUGGUGUGAUCUUCUUCUUUU